AUGUUGCUCCCUUCUGCGCUUCCCUGCGACAUGCGACGCUCCUCAACCCGGUCGCGCUUCACACCCAAUCGCCUUUUCUCGACGCCUCCCCCGUCCGACAACGACGUCUUUCCAUCAAGCAAUGGGCUACUGGGGACCUGUCGCGCCCUUCAAUCUCUUCUAAGUGGCUCUCCCGCACCGUCUUCGCGACGAGCCAAACCAGAACGUCUCCAGAGUCCGUUCCACCUCGCAUCUUCCACAUCCUCCACACGGCCACGAAAGCCAAAGACACAAACACGCUCUCGACCUUCCUCUCUUAAACCAUCACCGAAACCCUCUCGCGGCGCAAACAAGCGCACACGCGCCAGCUACGAGGCCGACAGCGACGCAGACUCAGAAGUUCAGACUCCGCGCGCUCGAUUUUCCACCCCAAAGCGUCGACGCUACGUCCCCUACGAUCUCCCCCUCGGUCUAUCGCAAUCAGACUUUUAUUCUCUGAAUUCACCACCAACCACACAAUCGCCGCCCUCUCCCGCGCAGCGACGACAGCAAGAGCUUUGCGACGAGGUGCGCGCACCGCUGCCGCCCUCGCCGUCUCCCUCCUCGCAGUCGCAGUUUGAUCCCGACGCAGCGCUACCGUCCAUUGAAGAAACGGGGCCAGAUUCUUGGACCUCCGAAGAUGACCGGCAACUUGUGGAGGUUGUCCUAGAAAAAUUCCAGCUCUCCAAGCGCGACUGGGACGAGUGCGCGCGCCAACUCGGCAAGGAUCAGGAUAGCAUUGGGCGCAGGUGGGAGGCGCUCAUUGGAGAGGGGAAUGUGGGAUUGCGACGCGGACGGCGGAUGGUCCGCGGUCGAAUCGAUGAGAGUUGGCUUUAG